GGAAUGGCCCGAGCGCAACGUGAUUCGCUUGUAUUAAUGAGGUUUAAAUACUGUAUACCGACUGCACACCUGAACAGGCACAGUUGAAGACACAUUCACAGGAUUCAGAAAGUUAGACGUAACCCGUUCCUUUUCUGUCCUGCCUUCCGAAUCGUAUUCGACUAUUCUAAAAAAAUGGUUAUCCAUUGUAGUUGGACUUUAACGAUGGAUGAUGGUCACUAAUUUAAAGAUUCAUCUAUAGACGUGUUUAAACUUAAAACAACGAACAUCUGGCAAAAUGUCGACUUUAAAACAGAAUUUCCUUUCAAAAUAAAAACGAUGCCAGCCGUCAAGGUUUAGAGAGGAAAAGAAAAGCUGCGGAGCCUUCUACAGGUGUCAGGGAGAGAGGGGAACCAACAGUUGAUGAAGCAUGGGAAAACAAAAGACAGUUGGGUAAGCUUGAGUCCUGGAACUUGGCAAUCACUGUCCUUUCUAUCCAAGACUUUCUAUCUGUUUUAUAGGAAAUAAUUCAGUCAAAAACAGUGUCAGGAAGCAAAGUCAUCCACUCUUGCUGAAGAUAAGUUUUUCUCAGAAUUUGGCACCAUGACCAGCUGUUCAUCCAGCCCUGCGGAGUUCUGCGGGAACAGUGUCUCCCUCUUGUCUCUGGAUUCCAGUGUGUUUUUCAGCGAGCCGCCUCCUAAUGAAAACCCUCUAGAUUUCUUUAUCAUCAACGUUGGAGGCAGCAGGUAUGUGCUAUCUCAGGAGCUCCUCUCCUCCUACCCAGAAACACGAUUGGGCAAGCUGGCCCUGUCGGCUCGAGACUCAGUGUUGGAUCUCUGCGAUGAUGCCAACUUUGUGGAGAAUGAGUUCUUCUUUGACAGAAACUCCCAGACCUUUAAGUACAUCAUGCACUACUACAAGACAGGACACUUACAUGUCAUGGAGGAGCUUUGUGCCGUGUCUUUUUUACAGGAGAUUGAGUACUGGGGCAUUGACGAGCUCAACAUCGAUUCAUGUUGCAGGGACAAGUAUUACAGGAGGAAGGAAAUGAAAGAAACGCUGGAUGUUCGCAAGGAUCCCGAGGUAAUUGACACCGAAGAAGAGGAUUUCUCUGGAGUCAUCUGUGAAAACCUUAGGCAAAAACUUUGGGAUGUCAUGGAAAAACCUGAAUCAUCUGUUGCAGCAAAAACCUUUGGAACACUGUCUGUGUUUUUUGUGUUUAUUUCAAUUGUCAACAUGGCUCUGAUUUCCUUGGAUUUUAGCUCUCUGGAACCACCAUUCCUGGAUGUUCUUGAAUACAUCUGCAUAGCCUGGUUCACAGGGGAGUUCGUGCUGAGGUUCAUGUGUGUGAAGGACAAGUGCAAGUUCAGCAGAAGUGUGGUAAACAUUAUAGAUCUCAUAGCCAUCUUGCCUUUUUACGUAACUCUGGUGGUGGAGAAUCUUCAUGGAGGGUCCACAGAACUGGAAAAUGUUGGAAGGGUUGUGCAGGUUUUAAGACUGAUGAGAUCAUUGAGGAUGCUCAAACUGGGCCGACAUUCAACAGGGCUUAAAUCCCUCGGCAUGACUAUUGCCCAAUGCUAUGAAGAGGUGGGUCUUCUCCUCCUGUUUCUUUCUGUGGGGAUUUCUAUAUUUUCUACCAUAGAGUAUGCAGUGGAGCACAACAUCCCCGACACCACUUUCACCAGCGUGCCCUGUGCAUGGUGGUGGGCCACCACUUCCAUGACCACAGUGGGAUAUGGGGACAUUAGGCCAGACACCACAGUUGGCAAAAUUAUUGCCUUCCUCUGCAUCUUAUCUGGCAUUCUUAUCCUUGCCCUGCCAAUUGCAAUUAUAAAUGACAGGUUCUCUGCCUGCUACUUCACACUGAAGAUGAAGGAGGCUGCACUCCGUCAUCGCGAGGCACUUAAGAAGCUGACCAAAAACUCUACCACUGAUGUGGCUGUCAAUAUCAACCUGCGAGAUGUUUACGCCCGCAGCAUCAUGGAAAUGUUACGUCUGAGGGGAAGGGAGAGAGCGAGUACCAGAAGCAGUGGAGGAGACGACUUGUGGUGGUAGAAUAGUCCUGCUGCAACUGUCACAAACCUGUAGGUAAACAUACAAAUAUUUUUUCCCCAGAAGAUGUUCAUGUGUAAUUAUUUGGCAUCAAGAGAGGGUUUGUCAGUAUAACAUCUUGAACAAAAAGACAAUUGUAUUAAAAAAGGACUUUUUAAGAAACUCAAAGCAUUAUGAGAAAGCACACAUACUUAACAGAAGCAAAAGGAAAAUGAACGAAAAAAAGAACAUCAGAUUGACUUUGUGAAACUAUGUGUGAUACUAAAUGACAGAUUGAAAAUAUCACCACUCAUACGUUAUACAGUAAUAUUGCCAGAGUAUGAAAAUGUUACAUCAGUAUUAAUUCCCUUUUAUUUGUUUCAGACUGCAUAACAUUGUGGACACAUUAAGGGGAUAGUGCCUUGCACAUUUCCCAUCUACUCUCCACACUUCAAGGACAGAGCUUUCUGAAAUAUUCUCAGCCACUUGGAGAAAGACCAGGAAUUCACAAGGAGAAACUCAAAGUGAGGACUGAAAAAUUGGAUAAAAAAGACAACUGAUGUUCAUUUUCUCAUUCCAUAAUAAAAUUCCAUAGUUCUUUUUAAAUGCUUGAAACUUGAACUACUGUACUUCUGCAAUAUUUCAGAAGCAAUAUACAAUACACUAACUUCCUGCUAACCUCUCUUGAUCAUUAUAAGACUUUUUAUAGCUAAACUGUGCUCCAAGCAGUCUUAGAGAUACUCUCUCAACAGUUACACUAAGCAAGGAUGCAAGCUUGCUUUAAUGUUGUAAGACGUCAGUGCGUAGCUUUACCUUAUACAGUAUCUAUACCUUUAAAGGACAGCACAGUAGACCCUCUGCUGAACAAUUUUAUGCUUGCUCAAAUGAGAAUCAUGUUUCAUAAAUUUUUUUCCCCAAAGAUGUGUGUUCAUUCUGCAUUCAGACAACAAAUGUGCAGAAAAUUAUUAUAUUCAAUUUUCAAGAAAGUCACUAAUUUUCUUAGUGAAGAAUAUAUUUUUUCGAGGGGACAAUCUCUCUGAAUAGCUGUUUGUUCCUUGUAAUGGUUUGUCUAGGCUGGAGAGAGAAAAGACAUAAGCUCGAUACAGUAGCCCUUUCUGAAUCUCAAGCACCAGUACCAUAAAUCUCACAUGCACCAUUAAAAUGUACAAGGAGUGACCACACACUACAUAUACAAUUUUUUAAUUUGUUUCAUGCUUGGUAUUUUUAUAUACCUGUGAUUAAUUUCAAAUACAGCACUAAUGUGGAGAAGAGCAGCAAAAGAGGAAGAAGAGCUGUUAACAUCAGCAAAGUGAAUCAGUGUGAUGCCUACCACCAGCAUCUGUAUACUUGUCAUUAUCUUCAGUUGUCAAGGUUUCAGUCAAACAUGGGUGUUUAAGUAUUCAUACCUCUCUGGCAGCAUUCUAGUCUCAAAUUGAUACUGUUAUUCCUAAUUUACUUGAAUGACAUGUUUUUUAAAAAUUUGUAGCCAUUUAUAUAGCUGGACAUUUUACUCAAACAAUCCAUGUUGUUAUUACAAGGGUACCAAAAUGGCAUCCCCACCUGUGAUUUGAACCCACAGCCUGCUAGGUAUAAAUUAAUACAUAAUGCAGAAAGAGAUAGAGAUACACAUAGAGAAACCUAUUGCAAUGACACAAUAGUCUGCAUGCCUGAGGUGGGCAUAUCUUAUUCCAACUUGGAUAAAGCUAACACCCACACCUACAGUAUAAACAUAUCCCAAAAUAGUAACUUGGGUUAAGGCCGUUAUGGACAAAAUGAUAAUAAAUAAUACAUUUUUCAUACCAGUAUGAGGAAAUAAUUGGCAUGGAAAAACUAUAAUAUUUUUAUGUAACAAAAAGAGGAAAAUCAGAGAAUUCUUUUCAUUUAAAAAUUAGGAUAUAAUAGCUAAUUCCUAGACCUUAAUAAUUGCUAUUUUGUGUGAAUCAAAAUACGACACCUGUCAAAGUUCAGUUAAAUUUCAGUCUCCCUGAAACCAUGGUUUUAGAAAGAUAUGAGAAAUAGUUGUCUUAAGCUGUUAAAGAGAGCAGACAUAAAGAUUAAGGAUUUAUACAUAUUUAGGUUAAUGUUCAAAUUGCAUCAAGCGUAAAAUCAUCCACAUACAUACAGUCUUACCUAAGCCAUUUUGUUGUUUUCGGAUUUAAAGUUAUUUGUCUUUUGUUUCUGAUCUCACUGUGAUGAAUGUGUUGACCUCAGUAGUGGAUCUGAUACUCCGACCUGCAGCACUUUUGGUUUACACUAAGCAUGGGAAAUCCACUCCCAGAAACACCUUUGACUUGGACCUUUUUAUUUAACAGGUGCUAAUACAAGAACGACAGUGAUGUCUACAGAGAUUCUCUACGGGUCAGUCGAGUACCUGUUGAGAGAGACAUUUGCACAUUUAUAAAUCACUCAGAACUCUAGAGAAUGAAGUUGUAAAUAUCUGUGUAGGAUCUGCAAACAAAUGAGGAAGCAGAUGCAAGUAAAAUAUUAAAUGUUAUAAUACUGCAAUGGACUGGUGUCCUGUCUAGGGUGUACCCUACUUUGCGCCCCUUGCUGCUGGGAUAGGAUCCAGAUUCUCCCUUGACCUUGAAUUGGUUGAAGCAGUUAGAAAAUGGAUGGAUGGAUACAUAUAAUAACUAUUUUUAAAGUAUUUAUGAGACUUUUAAGGAAGAAAUUAAUAUCUUUUUGUUCACACAUUUACAAUUAAUAUUGAAUAAUGUGCUCUGCUUUUUCUCAUUACAUUAAAACUUUCUUUGCUAACUAACCCUUAUUGGAGUCUGGAGAGAUGACCAACAGGAUGUGUGGUAGGGAAACAGUUUAGUGUUGCACAUACUGAAGCCCAUUAAUAAAGCAUUUCCACCUGAAUACUGUAAAAAACAAAUAUGCUGCUGUAUCCUCUCUGACUUCUAGUGAAAAUGAAGGGAACGGUAACAUUUUCAUAAGCAGAGAUACUAAGAUAAUUUGUAUGUUAAUUAAAAACCUAAGCAACAACAAAGGUCAAAAGACUUCAGUAGUCAAUUGUUUAUCUGACCCCAGUGGACCAAAGAGCAGGCAGAUGUUUAAAAUUGGCUGCUGUAAUCAAUGACAGGUGUAAUGCAAAUACUUAGGUCAUACAUAUCACAAUUGUUUUAUAUUGAGCUUUUGUUACAGCUUGUUAAUACUUUUAGAGACCAGCAAAGCUCCAAUAAAGUCAAAUUACUCAACUAUAGUGCAUAAUUUCAAAGAUAGCACUGUAUGCUAAAUAAAGGAAAUGACAACCAAAAUAGUGUCCAUUUACUCAAAGCCUUCAUUACCUUCAUAAUUGUCCUUGAGUAAAGCUUGUAUCCAAUUUAUAUUUGCUGAAAUCACUUUUAAAGUAGUUGUUAACCUGACCAGUUCAGACAACACCUCAACAUGUUUGCAUCUUCAUGGAUGCUUAUCCUGAAGAUGACAGAUAAUUCCUAGAACAGAUUUAAGAGGCAAAAUAAGAUCCAGAAUACUGUAU